AUGGGGCGGCCUUCUACCUGCACCGGAGAAUGGUUUCAGCCCACGUUGCAUCCAGAUUCUGUCGCUUCCAUCUAUCAGCCUUUGCCAUAUUUAGGCACGACCUCCGGCGCCAUGUCACACUACGAUCCCAACCAUCUGGUCGAGGCCAGCAACACGCAUAUUUUCGCGCACUCAACACCACCAGUGAUGCAGGCAGCGGUGCCGUCGCCCAAUUGGGAUAUUCUGAGCACCAGUGAGGGCUCUCAGAGCCCGGCAGAGGAACGCGAGGAGGAGGUCUGGGAGCCGGAAGACCUUCGCCGGAUGGGUUAUCUCGACGCCAGCGGCAACUGGCGCUGCAAGUUUGAGGGAUGUCGAUCCUCGCGUGUAUUCAUGCGUGCGUGCGACCUGAGGAAACACUUUCGCGGACAUGACAAGUACUUCUUCUGCACGGAGAAGCCUUGUGCGAAUGCUGGUGUGGGAUUCGCGACUCGGAAGGAUUACCAGCGGCAUAUGGGCUCCCACAGACCGACGAUUAUGUGUCCCCACCAAGAUUGUGGGAGAAUCUUUAGUCGGAAAGACAAUAUGGUACGUUACGCCCGCAUUUACUUCACGUUGAACAUUCAGUUUACGAAAGUAAACUUUGUUUGA